AUGGCACCUAUUACAAUCGCUGUCGUGGGGGCAACUGGUUCUCAGGGUGGAGCUGUCGUGACGGAGCUCUUAAAAUAUCCUGAGAGGUAUCGAGUACGAGGCCUCACUCGAGAUGUCAACAAACCUGCUGCUCAACUCCUUUCCGCAAAGGGCGUUGAAGUCGUAUCUGCUGAUCUCAGUGGUGGCAGCAGCGCUUUGGUCAGCGCAUUUGCUGGAGCCAGCAUCAUAUUUGGACUGACCGACUUCUGGGCAUCUCGUUCAUCUACAGUCGAAGUCCAACAAGGCAAAAGCCUUGUCGAUGCGGCGGCGGCCACGUCCACUUUGACGCACUUUGUUUGGAGCGCUCUCCCUGAUCCAGUUGCUCUUUCAAAUGGGAAGUAUCUAAAUGUUCAUCACUGGAAGGGUAAAAGCGAAGUAACCGAAUACAUUAACGAGACAUAUCCUGCGCUUUGGGCAAAGACCACGACGAUACUCUUCCCGAAUUAUUUUGAGAAUUGCCUAACCAACCCAGCCUCGUAUUUGCCUAAGAAUGUAUCGGGCACAUAUGUCCAUUCGUUUCUGCACAGCCCAACCACUGUCCUGCCUAAUGUUGCUAUCGCUGAUACGGGUAAACUUGUACGCGCUGUAAUUGAAGACGGACAGCAGUACUAUACCAAGACGAUCGCAUUCUAUGCACAGAGCUUGUCCGAGGCAGAGAAGCUAAAGACGUUGGGAGAAGUUUUGAACGUCCCAACAAAAUAUAAUCAGAUCAGCGCGGCAGAAUUCCAACAGGGUCUUGUUAAAAACUGUCCAAUGACCGAAGAAAAUGCUUUGGACUUCACUGAGCAGCUCCUGAUAUUUGAGACAUUCGGGAAUGUGUACGCUCGAGACGAGUUUAUACAAGCCGCAGAUAUACCAGGUAUUUCAUUGACAACUUGGAAAGAAUUUGUUCAAGGCCAUGACUUGCUUGGCAAGAUCAACCAUCCAAAUUAG